AUGUGGGCCUUCUUUCCUGGCGCUAUUGCGUUGAUUGGUUCAGUUUUCUUCUUAUUUCUACGAAGUCGGCAAAAGAAAGCUAUUACACCAGCAUCAAAUGUCAACUGGAACAAGCAAUCUCUUCCCGUUAAGGGAGAACCUGGAGUGUACAAAAGCGGAUUGCUUACCAACGAAGACGAAAAUGUAGUUGAAAGAAUUGUGCCGGAGGUGGAAACGCUGUAUGAUGCUUUCCAACAUGGUAUGAAGGUAAUCCGUUACAUAUUUUGA